AUGGCUGCGCCCCUCGCUGGUCCCAAGUGCAAGAACCGCUUCCCCAAGUACCCGCUCUGCAAGUUCGUCAACGACAUGGCCACUUCGUUCAAGCCCACCGUCGUCGACGCUGCCAGCGGCAAGACGCUUCAGAUUAGCGCCUACCAGAUCUACCACAAAUUUCACCGCGACCUGCCGGCGACGAAGCAGUACGCGUACGGCAUGGACGCGAAGACGGCGUCGUAUCCGGGGCCCAUCCUGAUCGCGAAGAAGGGCGUGCGCACCAAGGUGUACUGGCAGAACAAGCUGCUGGACCGCCAGCACAUGUUCACCAACGACUUCACGCUCAUGCCCAUGAUGGCCAAGCCCAAGAUGGGCGGCAUUCCCAUCGUGGUGCACAGGCACGGCGGCGAGCAGGGGAGCAAUUCCGAUGGGCACCCCGACGCGUGGUUUACGCAGUUCGGCGAGGUUGGCCCAACCUUCAAGUCGCGCCUCUACCGCUACGGCAACCAGCAGAGCGCGUCGCUCAUCUGGUUCCACGACCACGCGCUCGGGUGGACGCGUCUGAACACGGUGGCGGGGCUGGCGGGUGCGUACAUCAUCGUGGAUCCCAAGGGCGACGAAAAGAACCUCCAGUUCCUCCCGCAGCCCGGCAGCGCGCGCUACGUGCCGCUCGUUCUCGCGGACCGCUCGUUUUUCGCCAACGGGUCGAUCGACUACCCGAACGUGGGGAUCGUGCCCAAGGUGCACCCUAACUGGGUUCCCGAGUACUUGGGCAACCACAUUCUCGUAAACGGCGUCGUGUGGCCGUACCUCAAGGUCCGGCGCGCGCUGUACCGCUUCCGCGUGCUGGGCGGGUCGAACGCGCGCUUCUACAACCUCAAGUUCACGUGCGCGGGACGCGGAGACUACCCCAACUUCACCCCCCCUCUCAAGGGCCCCAGCCUCGAGAUUAUCCAGAUCGGUUCGGAUGGUGGGUACCUGGCGGCGCCGGUGCGGAUGUCGUCGCUGCUGGUGAUGCCGGGCGAGCGGAUGGACAUUCUGGUGGACUUCAACGGCGCGCCCGGGCACUGCAAGGACGUCAUUCUCACCAACGACGCGCGCGCCCCCUACCCCGCUGGCGAGCCCGCUGACGCCAACACGGGCGUCGUCAUGCGCUUCGUGCUCACCAAGCGCACCGCGAUCCCCGCCCCGCCCAUGCCUAGCUCCCUCGUCAGCAUUCCUCGGGUGGAUAUGGGCAGCGUGGCGCGUGUGCGGUUCAACACGCUGGUGGAAAUCAUGGAUCCCGCGACGCAGCUGCCCAUCCGCGUGACCAUCGACGGCAAGAUGCACCACGACCGCGCCACCGAGAUCGCCAAGGAGGGCACGGCGGAGCUGUGGAACAUCAUCAACCUCAGCGCGGACGCGCACGCCAUGCACCUGCACCUCAUCCAGCACCGCCCCAUCUCGCGCCGCCCCUUCGACAUUGCCAAGUUCCAGGCGGGCAAGUGCUCGUUCAAGGACAAGAGCAAGCCCAGCUGCUACACUGGCCCCGCUGUUGAGGUGAACGCGAAUGAGCGCGGGUGGAAGGACACGACCCUGUCACAGCCCGGCCAGGUGCUCACGAUUUACACUCCGUUCUACCAGCAGUCGGGGGUGAAGACCUUCGAGUUUGACGCGAGCAGCGGGCCGGGCUAUGUGUGGCAUUGCCACAUGCUGGAGCACGAGGAGAAUGACAUGAUGCGGCCUCUCAUUAUCACCAACAUGGAGGAGGCCAGCGGCACUGGCAUCUUACCUACUGAUGCUCAUCGCCGUUUCAACAGCUUCAAUCACGGACUGUGGGGCCUCCGGAAGACGACGCUUGACGACUGCGAGUUGAUCGGAAAGGCGGGAAUCUGCGACAGAGCAGACGCGCUCGUGAUCGCUGAGGACGCCAUGGAAGCGUGCGAGUACGAGCGGGCCGUGCAGGGGUGCCUGGCGUCGCUGCAUCCGUCGCCAGCCGUCGCCGUGACGGUGGAGCGCGAGAACCUCAGUCGCAUCCGCGCGUCGCACGCUGUGCUCCCAGAGGCGCGCCUCGAUUACAGCUCUUCGGGCUGCGUGCAGCAGGCAGGUGCAGCACCAGGCACGUGCGCCAUGAGCCAACCCAGCAGCCCCUACCUCAUCACCCCCUCCCGCCUUGACCUGAGCCACGGCGGAUGGGAGGGUGAGAACGAGCAGGCGGAGGCGGCGGAGGAGGAGGGCGGGUACGGCCCGCCCUUCGCCCUGAGAGCCACUGAGGCCCGCACUGCCCGCUGCCGCGGGAAUGAGAGGCGCGGAGCGCAGAACGGGUCUUUGGUGGGCGAGCCGGUAGGGGCUGUGGGGGGUGAGGAGGAGCAGAGCGGGGCGGAGGCUGGUGGGGCAGUGUUGGGGAGUGUCGAUGGAGAUGCGCGAGAUGGUGGAGGAGCGACGGUGGACGUGAGGUUGGAAUGCACUCGCCUGGAGGUGCGUGCUGUUGGGAAGGAGGGUGUUGAGGCACCUAGCAACCCCUCUCCGCCGCCUUCUGAUUGGUCCAAUCCUUCCCCUUCGCCGCCUCCUGAUUGGUCCAAUCCUUCUCCUUCGCCACCUUCUGAUUGGUCCAAUCCUUCCCCCCCGCCGCCUUCUGAUUCGACGGGAGACACCUCGUCUUCUGGUAGCUGGUGGCCCUGGGGUGGUUCAGGUGACAGCUCAGGUGAAAUCUCAGAUGAAACAACAAGCAGCGGGGACCAGACAGCAAGCCCACCUCCCUGGAGCCCACCUCCCCCAAGCCCACCCCCACCCAGCCCUCCCCCUCCUUCUGACACUUACACUGACCCAAGCACUCCUCCUGCCGACCCUGCAUCCACUGAUGCUCCUGCUACUGAUACUAACUCUUAUACCGAUUCAGGUGCUGCUGUGGACCCUGCAUGGGGUGCCGGAACUGACCCUAAUGCUGCUACCGCGGAUAACACUGCUGACAUUGCAGCUGCCACUGACGCGGCUGCUUCUUCAGGUGCUGCCGACACCUCAGGUGCUUCUUCAGGUGCUACCGACGCCUCAGGUGCUUCCUCGGGCAUUGACGGUUCCGUCUCGUUUGUGUCAGACGAGGACGGCGACUCUAGCAGCAGCAGUGACAGCAGCGGGGGUGACAGUGGCGAGGAGGAGGGGCCUCUGACGAGCAACCCAUCAUAUGGUGCCACGAUGGCAGGGGACGAGGCAAUGGAUUCGACCACGUGCAACAUAUACGAGGGCGAGUGGGUGUGGGACGAGGACAACCGCCCUGCAUAUAACUCAGAGUCUUGCCCGUUCAUCAAUUCGGUGUCGCCCACCACCAACUGCCUCAGACAGAAGUUCGGCCGGCAGGACCAUUCAUGGAUGCGCUACUCGUGGAAGCCAAAGCAGUGUGGCGGCAGCAUCCUUCGCUUCCAAGCGGCCGACUUCGCCCAGAAGAUGCAGAACAAGGUGAUUGCGCUGGUGGGCGACUCACUCAUCACCGAAGGCUUCAUGCCCUCGAUGCUCUGCCAGUUGGCGCAGGUGGGCACGGUGAGCCGCGUGGAGGGCAGUGCGCUGGGCAACUUUGUGUGGCGCCUGGACUCGCACAACGUGACCGUCGCCAACUACUGGAGCCCCUUCCUCAUGUGGACCUCUGCCAACCCCGUGGUCAUUCGCAAGCUGAGGGUGCAGGAUCCAGGGCUGGGCGACACAGCGGUGAAUCUGGGCGCGUUUGACCCGCAGUGGUUCGACCAGGUGCAGGCCAUGGACCUCAUCGUCUUCCAGUCCGCCACUCACUGGCCGCAUGCCGAGAGAUGGUUGAGGCGCUUCUUUGUGGACCGCAAGUGGCACCGCAUCGACCCCGAGCCUGGCACCAUGAGCGCGUACAGGCAAGCGCUGAACAAGCUGGGCAAGUCGUUCAACGCGGGCAACAGCAAGCGCUGGGACCUGCCCGUGCCCUACUUCCUCUCCGCUCCUCCCCGCCUCGUUAACUGCCAGGGCUCCUACGCCCCUGCCAACAGGUCUACGUACGAGCGCAUGGUGCGGGGGAACCCUCAGAGCCGCAAGUGGUUCCCCGUGCAGCGGGACGUGCUAAGCCCCAGCAAGAACAUUCGCUUUGUGGACAUCACACACCCGUCACUGUACAGAAGCGAUGCCAUGCUGGCGUCGCAGGCCCCUGAGAGCAAGGACUGCCUGCACCCGUGCCUGCCAGGGCUUCCUGACAUCUGGGUGGAUCUGUUUUAUGAAGUAUGGAAGGCCGACCCUGAGAGCGAUCCUGCAUGCACAGACGCUGGUGCGGCCAAUGGGGGGAGGAAGGCGGUGUGGAGAGUGGACGCCACUGCUCCCGGCGAUGCGUUUGUGCGGCGGGUGGGGCGGCAGCUGUGGCUGCGAGGCAAGCCGUUCUAUGUGAACGGGUGGAACACGUACUGGCUCAUGUAUAUCGCCAGCAUUCCAGACAAGAAGUAUCUGGUGAACCAGGCGCUGAGCCAGGGGCGCACCAUGGGCCUCACGGUGUGCCGCACAGGGGCGUUUUUUGACGGCCCUGGCUGGCAUGCGCUGCAGACGAGCCCUGGGGUGUUCGACGAGAACACGUUCAAGGCCCUGGACUACGUGAUUUUCACGGCCAAGAGGUUUGGAAUUCGGUUGCACAUGGUGCUGAACGGCAACUGGGAUGACUAUGGAGGCAAGAACCAGUACGUCAAGUGGAGCAUUGAAGCCGGGGGCACCCCUCCCGGGGAUGACACGGCCUUCUUUGUCGACCCACUCUGCCGCUCAUUCUACAAAAACUUUAUCAAGGCUGUAAUCAUGAGGCGCAACACCCUCACAGGCCAGCUGUACCGCGACGACCCCACCAUCUUCGGCUGGGAGCUCAUGAACGAACCCCGCGUCUACGCCGAUCCCUCUGGGGACGUCCUCCAGGCGUGGAUCACGGACAUGGCAGCGUAUGUCAAGUCCCUCGACCCCAACCAUCUGCUCUCCAUCGGCUCGGAGGGAUUUUAUGGUCCCUCCACACCGGAUCGGGCCAAGGCUCUGAACGCGGAGUGGUGGAUGAUGAACGUGGGGACCGACUUUGUGCGGAACAAUAUGGUUGCCGGAAUUGACAUUGCGUCAGUUCAUGCUUAUGCCUUCAGCAGGUACUCUGUGUCGGCAUGGAGCGACAAGCUGGCAUAUUUCACAAACUUCGUGAAGGGCCAUUUGGAGGACGGGGAUGGGGUGCUCAACAUGCCAGUGCUCAUCGGCGAGUUUGGCCCCGAGAGCAUCAAGAAGCUUCCGGACGGCAGCAUGGCGCGGCGCAACGAGGUGUACAGCGCGCUGUACCAGAUGGUGCUGGAGUCGGUUAAGAAGAGGGGCUCUGCUGGUGGUAUGUGUGUGUGUGUGUGA